GUCAUACUCUGAUUUCUUACCAGUGUAAGGCUUCAUCGUUCUUUCUUCAUCACAGCUUGUCACCAUGUCUCGUCGCACUGUUGUUGUCAUCGGCGCCACUGGCUCACAGGGUGGUUCUGUCGCUAGGGAGCUCUUGAAAAGCCCGGACCUGUACCACGUAAGGGCUUUGACGCGCGAUCCGAGCAAGCCAGCAGCACAAAAGCUGGCAGAACUGGGGGCAGAAGUUCGGGCGUUUGACCUAAAUGCUGGCAUCGACGUCCUGCUUCGGGCAUUUACCAAUGCCGAUGCUGUCUUUGCUAUGACGGACUUUUGGGCAACACGGUCAGCACAGGCAGAAGCUAUCCAGGGUCGAACCAUUAUUGAUGCUGCAGCUCAAACCUCAACCAUUGAACAUUUCAUCUGGAGCUCACUCCCAGAUCCCGAGAAAGUCUCCGGCGGCAUCCUGAAAAACAUUCACCACUGGAAGAGCAAGAGUCUAGUUGCAGAUUACAUACAGCAGCAGUAUCCAGAGUUGUGGGGCAAGACGACGGUUGUGCUCUUUCCCAAUUAUUUUGAGAACUGUCUGUCUCAUCCCGAGCGCUACCUCUCCCAGCCUGAUGCGCAAGGCGUGUAUCAUAUGUACUUGCCACACAGCCCGUCCACUGUCAUGCCGAACGGAUCGAUUCGCGAUACAGGCAAGCUUGUUCGACUAAUACUGGAAGAUGGGGCCAUCUACUUCACAAAGACCGUGGCUUUUUAUAGUGAAGCCAUUUCGGAGGCAGAGAAGCAAGCCAUGAUUGGCAAAAAGUAUGGGUUGCAGACAGCGUACCAUGUGAUAAGUCCCGAUGAGCAUCAAAAGAAGCUGGAGAGUCAAGGUCUAUCUCCUGAGAUUGCUCGGGAUUAUACUGAGCAGCUCUUGAUGUUUGAGAAGUUUGGAAACGUGUGUGAUGCAUCAGGAUUUAUCCAGGCAAAAGACAUUCCAGGUCUUUGCCUUCAGUCGUGGGCGGAAUUCCUAGAAGAGAAUGACAUUCUUGCAAACAUGAGGGCUUUCUGAUGAAUCCCAGCAUAUACUGCAACCAUGGUGAGGUCUAUUUGUCUGGGAUAUAGAUGUCAAAGAGCCCUUCCACGAGUUUGAUACAUUCAUAUGUCCCAAAUAAUAUAUUUCCUGCCCAUCCCCUCUCUGCCUGAGGCAAUGGCGAAGGAACAUUUAUCCGAGGAACCCGAUCGGGAGUGGAACAGAGACCCUGUUUUGUUGUCAGCUUAUUCAAUUACUCAAAGCGUCCUAAGUGAACUGACAGCCAUGCG